AUGAACAACGAACGUGUGCUAGUGAGUGGCAGCCGGUUACGACUUGUCCCGUACUUGGCGCACCAUGUCCCUCGAUACUAUGAAUGGAUGGGCGACAGUGAGCUGAUGCAGUGCACGGCAAGUGAGAGACUUACGUUGGAGGAGGAGUACGACAAUCAGCGCGAUUGGCUACAUGCGGAGGACAAACUGACGUUUAUAGUUCUCGCCCCACUUUCUAGAAUUGUAAAAAAAGCGCCCAGAAAGGUUAUAGGGAAUGCCGCCUUAGGAAAAUGUACAGCAGUGAAGGACUCGAUGGAUGAUGCUGACGUCGGAGCAGGUGGGACAUCGGGGGGGAAUAAGAUUGCACGUGAAGAUGCAGGCGCUGAUGCCUCGCGGGAUGGUGUUGGGCCCAAGGUGUCAGGGAUAAGCACCCCUUUCGUGACCGCCUGCUUGACGCACACGGGCAGCACUUGUAGCCUGGCAUGUGUGGAUUGUGAGGUGGAGGGUCGCAACUCUGAGACCUAUGUUAUGGUUGGAGACUGUAACCUUUUUCGUCUCGGCAGCAACAGUGUGGAGCAGGUGGAGGGGGAGGAGGGGGGGGGUUGCUCCUUCGGACGCACACGGAGAGUGGUUUGA